GAUGUCUCCAGAGAUUCAGAUAUAAUAAAGAGACAGAUACUUAGUUUUUGUAACAAAAAUUGAAAUGGUAGAAGGAGAAACCAUCUUAUGCUCAUAAACAUUAAAUAAGAACUAUGUAUACCAUAAAUCAUCUAUAUAGAUCUUCUAAUUAAGAUAUAUUGUAAGAGACUUCUUUAGAAAAAUAAUUUAUGAAGAGAAAAUAUAUUUAAUAGAUAGUAAAUUUUAGAAAAUUAAUUGA